AUGACUUGCAGUGGUUGUGGGGGACAAAAUCACAAUAUCAGAGGAUGCCACUUGAAUAAAGAGAAGGGUGAGACUGAACAGCCCAAUGAAGAAGAUAUGGGGGUCAGUGAAGAGCCUGUCCAUGUUGUGGGGUCCAGUGAACAGCCUGUCCAUGUUGUGGGGUCCAGUGAACAGCCUGUCCAUGUUGGUCCACAGCCAAGAAGAAGUACAAGGAGGCAACAAUCUAACCCAACCGAACAACAUAAAGAUGAUCCUACUCAGGAAAACCAACCAAGAAGAAGUCCAAGGAUACAGAAGUCCAACUCAAAAGAACAAGAAGAUCCUCUUCAGCCAAGAAGGAGUCCAAGGCUACAUAAGUGCUCCUUCAGUGAUAGUUAUGCAAAUGCUGCUACACAGGCCAAGAAAAGAUUGUUUUCCCAAGUAGAUGUUCAGAAGCCUCCUACUGUGGAAAGAAAGGGAAAAACACUAGGUGUCUCAAGAAAAUUGAAGGUUUCCAAAAGGCCAUCAUCUAGUCAGCCCAAUGAUAUUGGCACCCAACAGUCACAAACUUCAAAAGUUGACAAGGGAAAAAGACUACAAGUAGACCAAAGUCAGGAUCUUCCCAUUAAUCCCACUCCAAUUGCAGAUUCUGACAGGGAGUUCCCAGCAACAAAGAGUGCUUACUGUUACUCAUCCAAAGAAAAUGAUGUCUUCAGGUCACAAGGUGGACCACCCAAUUGUAGGCCAAUGUGA